GUGUGCGUGCGUGUGCGUGCCUGCGUGUGAACCCGAGCGCUAUGCAGAUCUGCCAUCAACAUGACACAGUCGUAGAUGUGUCCCUAAUCCCGGUGACAUUACCGAGCCGUUAAGUGUGCGGAUAAAAAGCAUGUCGCUGCGGAAAUUUUGCAUUUAACGAAUCCGGAUUGCGUCGGUGCCACACCCCGGGCGCGCGCGGCACUGACUCACGCACCCGCCGCGACUGUUUCACGGUGACCGAUAGGAUCCUGCGCAUAUUUCCGUGCGUCCGUGAUCUCGGGAGGAAGAAGAAGAACGAGAAGAAGAUUACCACCAACAAGAGCUGAUCAUAUAUACACCGGAAUUAGCGAAAAUGGGAGAGGCGGAGACGCGUCAGCGGUUACUGCGCAGCGUGAAAAAGGAGGUAAAGCAAAUUAUGGAGGAGGCUGUAACUCGGAAAUUUGUACACGAGGAGAGCAGCCACAUCAUUUCUUUCUGCGCUGUUGUGGAAGCUUGCGUGUUGCACGGGCUGAAGAGGCGUGCUGCCGGAUUACUGCGCAGUAACAAGUUGGCAGCACUCUUCCUGAAGGUGGGCAAAAUCUUUACACCAGCUGAAGAUCUGUGCAAGAAGGUGCAGGAGCUGGAACAGCUCAUCGAAAACAAUUCUAGACAGAACCAAUCUCAGACGAGUCAAGAUGGUAUCCGUAAGCAGUCACAGAAUCCCAACCUUUCCCCCCAAGCCAUCAAACAUCUGUGGAUCCGCACGGCGCUGACAGAGAAAGUGCUCGACAAGAUUGUUCUAUACUUGGUGGAGAACAGCAGUAAAUUCUAUGAGAGAGAAGCCUUGCUGAGGGAUCCUGUGGAUGGACCAAUCCUUGCGUCGCUACUGGUUGGUCCCUGUGCUCUGGAGUACACUAAAGCAAAGACAGCUAACCACUUUUGGACAGAUCCUUCAGCUGAUGAACUGGUGCAGAGACACCGUAUUCAUAGUGGCCAUUGCCGCCAGGACUCGCCCACCAAGCGCCCUGCUCUUAUCCAGAAAAGGCAGUCAAGUGGUAGUAUGGAUGACAGGCCCUCCCUGUCGGCUCGGGACUAUGUGGAAUCUCUCCAUCAGAACUCCAGAGCCACACUACUGUUUGGCAAGAACAACGUUCUAGUCCAGCCAAGAGAUGACAUGGAAGCGAUCCCAGGAUACCUAUCUCUCCAUCAAACAGCAGACCUAAUGAUGUUGAAGUGGACACCAAACCAGCUGAUGAAUGGCAACAUGGCCGAGUUUGAUUAUGAAAAAAGUGUGUAUUGGGAUUACGCAAUGACCAUUCGUCUAGAGGAAAUUGUCUAUUUGCAUUGCCAUCAACAAGUGGACAGUGGCGGCACUGUGGUGUUGGUGAGCCAGGAUGGGAUCCAGAGGCCUCCAUUCCGUUUUCCAAAAGGAGGCCAUCUGCUGCAGUUCCUCACGUGUCUGGAGACUGGACUCCUUCCACACGGCCAGCUCGAUCCUCCUCUCUGGUCCCAGAGGGGAAAGGGAAAGGUUUUCCCAAAAUUACGGAAAAGAAGCCCACACAGCUCUUGCGAGUCAUUUUCUGACAAGGAUGAGGAUGAAGCAACGGAUUAUGUGUUUCGGAUAAUAUAUCCAGGCAGUCAGGAGUUUGUUGGCCCAGAGCUGAUAGACCAGAACAUGACCAUGUGGCAGCCUGCUCCAAGGAAGUCUUCUUGUUCCUCUUGCUCUCAGAAUGGUUCUACUGAGGGUGGACUUCCCAAUGGGUGCAAUCAUGACAGGGCUCCGCUGAAGUUACUUUGUGAGACCAUGAAGUACCAGAUCAUUUCUCGUGCCUUCUAUGGCUGGCUGGCCUACUGCCGUCACCUGUCCACGGUCCGCACACAUCUGUCUGCUCUGGUCAAUCCCACUAUCAUUGAGCCUGACAUUCCUUAUGAUGCCAAAGGAGGGCUGUCUGCAGAGGUGUGGAAGACAUUUCUUCAGGAUAGUUCUGCUUAUGAAGAGGCAGAACUUCUCCGGCUUGUGUACUACGGUGGUGUAGACCCCACCCUACGUAAGGAGGUGUGGCCUUUCUUGCUAGGCCACUACCACUUCACUAUGACUUCUGAUGAGAGAAAGGAGGUGGAUGAGCAGGUCCGGGCCUGUUAUGAGCAAACCAUGAGCGAGUGGCUGGGCUGUGAGGCCAUAGUGAGGCAGCGUGAGAAGGAGCAACAUGCUGCCGCCCUGGCCAAGUGUGCCUCUGGAGCAAGUGUGGAUCUACGACAGGACUCCACUAUCAGCACUGAUUCAUCCCAGAGCUGCAGCUCAGAGAAACAGAACAACGCCUGUUCCCAGUGUGACUCCAACAGUAGCACUCAGGUGUUUGGGUCUGUCGAUGAGGUUGACCCAAUUGAAUCUGAACCUAAACCGAAAGAUGAGAAGCCUCAGCCCAAAAUUCCAAAUGGUACUCUUCCCAACUGCACUAGUUCUCCAGACUCUGGACAUCCAUCCUCUCGCAACUUCUCUGUCACAUCUGGACUCUCGGAUUGCUCCCCAAGCACAGAGGAUGCUUCAACACAAGAGAAUGGAACCAAAAUCAGACUACCAGAGCCAUCAGCAGCGUCUUCUGAGGUUACUUUGGACCUUCCAACCAACUCUAGCCUUGAAGGCAAGCUCAAAAAAGAACCAGCAGAACAGCGCUCAAUGGUUCUGGGCACAGGGAAGGGGGAUCUCAACAAAUCAUCUACAGGAGCUCUCCCUCCAGAAGAUGAGACAAACCAACCUCAGGAAAAUGAGAAGGUAGAAAAUUCAGAUGCCAAAGAAGUUAACAGGACUGACGUAGUCAUGCCCAUGGACUCUCAGUGGGAUUCAAAUGAAAAAUCUGAGUUGAAUGUUUCUGAAACAGCAGAAAGCACAAUUUCUGAGCGUUCUGAAGAGAAUACAAAACUUUCAGAGAGCAAUGAGGAAAGCAAGCAAAUACUUCAAUCAUCAGAGGCUCCUGCUGAAGAGAUCACUAAAUCCUUAGAGGGAAUUAGGGACUCAGAAAUGGUGGUUAAAACUCAGAUAAACAUGGAGGUUAAUGAUGAGAGAGACAAAACAGAGAAAAAUACUGCUUUGGUAAUGCAAACAAACAAAAAAACACCUACCAUGUGUGAUCUUCCCAGAACACUGACUAAAGAGAGUUCUGUGGAAGAAGCAAAAACCACACAUACAAGCCCACCUGCAAAUGAUGAAGAACUCACAAAGUCGGAGAUGACCAGUACCCCUCACACUGAUCUUUCGGAAAAAGAAACAAAGCUUCCUCAACCUCUUUCUGAAUCGGAGAUGACCAAUGCCCCUAACAUGGAGCUUUCUGAAAAAGAAAUGAUGGCUCCUCAACCUCUUUCUGAAACAGAGGUGGCCAAUGCCCCAAACAUGGAGCCUUCUGAAAAUGAAACAAAGCUUCCUCAACCUCUUUCUGAAACAGAGAUAUCCAAUGCCCCUGACAUGGAGACUUUGGACAAAGAAACAAAGCUUCCUCAACCUCUUUCUGAAUCAGAGAUGACCAAUGCCCCUAACAUGGAGCCUAUGGAAAAGGAAAUGAAGCCUCCACAACCUCUCUUUGAAUUAGAGAUGACCAGUGCUCCUGACAUGGGGACUUUGGACAAAGAAACAAAGCCUCCUCAACCUCUCUCUGAAACAGAGAUGACCAGUGCUCCUGACAUGGAGCCUUCUGAAAAAAAAGAAACAAGGCCUCCUCAACCUCUUUCUGAAUCACAGAUGACCAGUGCUCCUGACAUGGGGACUUUGGACAAAGAAACAAGGCCUCCUCAACCUCUUUCUGAAUCAGAGAUGACCAGUGCUCCUGACAUGGAGCCUUCUGAAAAAAAAGAAACAAGGCCUCCUCAACCUCUUUCUGAAUCAGAGAUGACCAGUGCCCCUGACAUGGAGCCUAUGGAAAAGGAAAUGAAGCCUCCUCAACCUCUCUUUGAAUCACAAGACAUUGAGUUAAUAAUGAACAAUCCAUCUGACGCUGACAAACCAGAUAUGAAAACAAUAAUGAACUGGGCCUAUGAUUCCAACAGAACCAAGGCAUUAACGAAAGAAAUGAAUGAACCUUUGCUUGAAAGCUGUAUUUCCAUUAUGUCUUUAUCAAAACAAUCUCCAGAUACAUCUGAUGACUCGCCAUCUGCCCUGGAAAUGGAGGAAAUCCCAUCUGCUUUGGUCUAUAUGCCUUCAGAGGAUAUCUUGGCCAAUGUUCCUGUUACACUGGGUCCUCCUUUGGCUCUGACCAUGCCACCAGAAAAGGUUGCAGUAGGUAUGCCUGCUCUGGAGCUGUUCAUGGAGGCAGGUCAGAACACCAGCCCAGAGGCCACUGAAUCGGCCCUGUCUGAGGAAGAGCCAGAGAUGGAGAGUCUGUUCCCCAAACCAGACUCUCUAGCUGUAGGAGACCACAAGAAUGAUGUUGCAUCUCCAGUGUCCUCUAUUGGAACUACUUACACUCAAGAGCUGCUGGAUUUGUACACCCUCAAUCUACACCGUAUCGACAAAGACGUCCAAAGAUGCGAUAGAAACUACUGGUAUUUUACCACUGCCAACCUGGAGAAGCUACGCAACAUCAUGUGCAGCUAUGUUUGGCAGCAUCUAGAUAUCGGCUACGUGCAGGGAAUGUGCGACUUGCUCGCGCCUCUGCUUGUUAUUUUUGAUGAUGAGGCCAUGGCGUUUAGCUGCUUUACGGAGCUCAUGAAAAGAAUGAAUCAGAACUUUCCUCAUGGUGGAGCAAUGGACACCCACUUUGCCAACAUGCGUUCCCUUAUUCAGAUUCUCGACUCGGAGCUUUUUGAGCUGAUGCAACAGAAUGGAGACUACACCCACUUCUACUUCUGUUACCGAUGGUUCCUCUUAGACUUUAAAAGAGAAAUGGUGUAUGAUGACGUGUUCUCUGUUUGGGAGACCAUCUGGGCGGCUCAUACCAUCUCCUCUGGCCAUUUUGUGCUGUUUAUUGCCUUGGCACUGGUUGAGUUAUACAGGGACAUCAUUUUGGAGAACAACAUGGACUUCACUGAUAUCAUCAAGUUCUUCAAUGAAAUGGCUGAGCGGCAUGAUGUUCCACAGCUUCUGGUGAUGGCCCGGGAUUUGGUUCACAAGGUCCAGAUCCUCAUAGAGAACAAGUGACAACCUUUCAGCAUUUGUUCUCCAUUGUAUAAUCACAAGACCACUCGUGUUUGUAUUUAUUUUUUAUUGUUCCAUAGGGCAGGGGCUGGCCAAAAAUCCUUUCUUAUGUAAUUUAACUUGCUUGAAAGCAAUAAAACCCAAUGUCAAAUUACACAGUGGAAAAGAAGUAAAAAAAUAUCCAGGGUAGAUUGCUGAGGAGUCUUAGUUACGUGAUUUUAAAACACCCUGAAUAUACGUAAAUACAGUGUUUUAAAGGCUUGAAACGUGGAGUAACCCAGCACUGCAGGUUUUUACUCCUCCAACUUAACCAUAUUGCAUCAGGAAAGUCUUUCAGUGAUUUGAUUACUUGGUUAAGGUGUGUUCAGGAAGGGGGGCGGAAAUGCAAGGUUCAGGGCAGGGGCACCUCAGGGAGAUAGGCAAGAGCUAAGGGUACCUCAAAAAUAAUUAUUCUAUGCUGGUGAUCAGAAGGUUGAGUGUCUAAAUGGCAUGGAAUUAUUACUUGGCCCUUGAGCAACGUUCUUAACCCUGGACUACUCUGUUAUGUGUCUGAAUAAAAUUAUGCCUUUUUUGAUUAAAACUGUUUGCCAAAUGAAAACAUAUUAAUGGAGCAGAACCCUAAUUAAUGAUGGCAUUACCAAUAGAGAUUCCUUGAAAAGCACAAGAUACUUGACGUUUUGUCUGCAAUUAAGAAACACAUCUAUCAAGAGGGGUGCUCGCUGUUAACAGCACUUGCCUGAUCUGUUGAGUAUUGCUUGUCUGUCAUGACCACUCCAUUUCUUUUGCACGGAAAACCCUCGGCCUGUUUCGGCACACCCUUCUGUUUUCAGGUAUUAUCAAAUUUGUAUUAUAGAUGAGAACAAGCGAUUUUUUUUCUUUUGUAAGUACCAGUUAAGCUUUCUACACAGUAAAAUCCAGUGUUGAAUUAACACCUAGAGCGUUUAACGAACUCUUUCAGUGUUCGUUCGUUCCG